AUGGGGCUGGGCUUACGGUCGCCACAGAUUCUGCGGACGGAAGUCUUGAUUUGGCGCCAAUUACGCCACGAGAAUAUACUUCCUUUACUUGGCAUAACGCACACCCGGAUUGCCGACAUCAGGCUGGUGACGCCUUGGCAAUCGAAGGGCAACUUGUCCCAGUUCAUGAAGCAGCCGGAGGCGGAAUCGGUCAACCGGUUGGAUAUGUUGUUGAAGAUAGGACGGGCUGUCGAUUAUCUCCACAAUCACCAGCCAAACGUCAUACACGGGGACUUGAAAUGUGUUAAUGUCCUGGUCGGAUCUGAUAACAACCCUCUCAUUUGCGACUUCGGACUGUCAGCUGCUCGCUAUGCCAACUCUUCAAGUACUUCAUCGCCAGACGGAGGAUCGUUCCGCUGGAUGGCGGUCGAACUACUCGCAAAUGAGCAGGACAUCAAGCCCUCUACUCAGUCCGACGUAUGGUCGUUUGCAUCGCUUGCAUGGGAGCUUCUCACCGGAAAACUACCCUUUGCCGACAAGUUGACAAACAAUGCAGUCAGGGCCGCAGUCAUCUCUGGCGAGCGACCGCCUCAAGGAGAUUUCCACGCCGUUCGUCGUGGUCUAUCGCAUAAGCUCUAUCGUCAGCUGCGAGCAUCGUGGUCGGUCGACCCGGAUAAGCGACCAACGAUUGGUGCGCUUCUUCCAGUGAUAUCCAAUUUAUCCUCGGAAUGGGAGCAGUUCUUCUCCAUCUCCACACAACCUCGCAGAAGAACGGUGAGUGUUGAUGUUCAUCUUCCAUAA